UUUUUCUUUUUCUUUUCAUUAUGAGUUUAGAACCUAAAGUAAAAAUACAAGAUGACCGAGAUUCAAGUUCAUCUCAAGUGUUUGUGGGCAACUUAUCUUUUAAAACCACAAAAGCUGACUUGACUUCUUUUGCCUCUUCUAUGGGUAACAUUAUUAAAGUAAGAAUGGUAACUCGCUAUGGUCGUUCUCGUGGUUUUGGAUUUGUUACUUAUGCAACUGAAAAUGAAGCCAAAAAGGCUGUUGAGGAAUUAAAUCAAAAGGCUUUGGAUGGUCGUGAUAUCAAUGUACAAAUAGCCCGCCCUAAAGCUAAAUUGCCUUCAAAAGAACCCACAGAUCAAUCACAAAAAAAACUUCGUCAUCAUCAUCGUCAUCGUAAGCCCAAAAAGAGUGCAUCUCCACCCUUGACUAAAUCUUUGGAUACCAAGCAACCUCAAAAAAAGAAGAAACCUGUUCCUGAAAAUAGAGCAAGUCGUAUUCCUUCCAAGACGACAUUAUUUGUGGCUAAUUUGCCUUAUACAACAACAGAUGAUGAUUUAGUUAAAGUGUUUGGUAACUAUAAGCUUGUUUCAGCCCAUGUGGCUCACACAAGGAAUGGAUAUUCAAAGGGAUAUGGUUUUGUUGAAUUAGAGAAUGAACAAGAGCAACACAAAGCUUAUGAGUCUUUGAAAGAUGUUGUCUUGGAUGGUCGUACUAUUUACUUGAAGAUUGCCAUGUCAGCAGAAGAAGAGUCUAAAGACAGUAAAAAAGAUACCAAAUAAAGCACU